AUGAAGCAACGGAUAACAUAUGUCGUGACGGACCCAGAGUCAUUCAAUCCCGAGCAGAUUGAUGUCCAAAAGGGAAGCAACGGCAAAAGCGAUACUUUUACCUUGACACGCGUCAGAGCUGCAAAAGAACACCGUAUCACACUUGGUCUCGACGAACUUUCGGAAGCACCAAUCGAUAUUGAAGUGCUGAAGAAAUGGCAUGAGCUGCAUGUUCGUUGGGCGCCAGACAUCCCCGAAUUAGCGGCUGUUCCAUUCACAUCACGCGUGUCGCCAGGUCUACACAUCUUCUUCACGCCAUCCACAGAAGCGAAGGACCCGGAUCUCUGCCAUGAUGUUCGAUCGGUAUUUCACAGUGUUGACAGACGCUUCAAGUGCACGACAUCAAACGAAACAGCGAUCAAGAUGCCGAUGCUCUCUGAGCGUUUCACAAUGUCCACAGCCUUAGAGUACUACUCGCCAUUCACAGAAGAUGACUGGUCUGCAUCUGAGAUAGCAGUGUGGUUUCAGAGAAUGACUGGGGAGAUGUCAACGCCUGCUUAUGUUGACAUCGAUUAUGACGCUAUAUCUCAAGCCGUAAUCUGCACAGCUGUUUGGUCGAGUGGACCAAGGAUAGGGUGGACAGAUCAAUUUGCAGUCCCUGAAGACGAUUCGACAGUCGAGAUUGGCGUCCUAUCCCACGAGUCUAACACUGACCCAGAGGACUACCAAUUUGGCGGUUUUCUGACCGUGCUCGGCCGUGACGACAAGCCAAAACCCACACGCUUCCAAACGCCAGCACGCCACUAUCCGAUCCUGACCGCUGACCCUUUCAACCCCAACACAACCCCCAAACCUUCACCACUCAGAUUUAGAACCUCCAUCAAUCGCCCCACAGGUCUGCAUCCCACUCUGACCCUCACCUUCCCAACAGAGCACCUCACGGCUCCAGACCCAACAUGUAAACUACACACGCACCUCACGCUCCCCUCGGCGCUCUUCAUCGAUAAACAUCAGUUCUCCGACGCCCUCUUCCUCGCCUCCAAGAACCUUCUUGCGCUGCGCAGCCUAUCCGGCGCCACCGACCUCGAAGCCCCAGACUGGGUGAUCCCACAAUGGGGCUCGUCAUCGCUCUUCGAGCUCGCGACGCCGCCCGCUGAUGCCAGCACGCCAGACUGGACUGUCAGUAUCCCGCUGCAUCUGCGCUACAGCCCUGCAGCGCCUGCCUCGCACGAUACGUUGCAUGUCCCCUGGCCUGUUGUGUUCUGGGCGUGUCGCGCUGAUGAGGGCGAGAAGCACCCGCUUAAUCCGUUUGACCGCAGACAUUUGGGGUACGAGGCGCUGUUUGGGCCGAAGACGAGGUUCAUGCAUGUGCAGCCUGUGAGCGAGAGAGGGGCAGAUGGGGCGUUGAAGAGACUGGUGGAGACAAUUGACGUGCCUGUGUUGGAUACGCGGCAGGUUGGGUGGGUGGAGGGCGGGACUGUGGGGAUUGUGUUGGUCGCGUUUCUGGGGCUAUGUUGGGUGUUGUUUGGCAGGAUCGGAGGGACCAAAGAGGAGGCUGAGAAGAAGAAGCAGUGA